CCUUCCCAGCAUUUGGAUCCUCGCCUCUGCUCCACUCACCAGCGCGCCGUGACAAGAUGCAGCUUUUUAGUUUUAGCUCCAGACGGAGUUUAACUUUCAUUUAAAUCAGUAAAACACAACAAUGAAUGGAUGGCGUCACCCUGAGUCAGGGGAAGGAGGUAGAAAUAUAGAUGUGAUGCAACCUGGUCUAACUCUAUGUUUGUUCGUUUCUGUAGAAAUCAAAGAUGCUGAACCUGCAGAGAUGCUGCAGAGCUCGUCAGGAGCAGACACCAUGUCCGUGCAGCAUCGCUACGCCAGCGGUCAGUACUUCUUUGAAUAUCUGGUGGUGGUCAGCCUCAAGAAGACCAGAGAUGGCGGCAGCUAUGAGCCGCAGAUCACCUACCAGUUUCCUAAGAAAGACGGGAUGGUAAAGUACCAGAAGGAGGAGGAGGAGAAGACCCUGAAGGCCAUCACUCUGUUUUGUUUUCCAGAAGGCAUCAGCUGGGCUCCUUUAACAGAAUACCACAGUGAGACCUUUUCUUUUGUUCUGACGGAGGUCGACGGCAGUAGAAGAAACGGAUACUGCCGCAGGUUACUGCCAGGAGGAAAAGGAGCUCGACCACCAGAGGCGUACUGCAUCAUCAGCUCUCUGGCGUGUUUUGGACUUUUCUCUAAGAUAUUUGACGAGGUAGAGAAGCGGCGGCAGAUCUCCAUGGCCAUGAUCUACCCAUUCAUGCAGAAGCUGAGAGAGGCUUCGUUCCCGGCUCCAGGAAACACGGUCGAGAUUAAGAGCUUCAUUCCUGAGUCUGGCACCGAGAUCAUCCGUCUGACCCGACCACUGGACUCCUGGCUGGAACACGUGAACUUUGAGACGUUGUUCCAGUGCCUGACUGACAAGGAGGUGCUGCUGGUCUUUGGUGCCGCCGUUCUAGAACGACGGAUCGUUUUCAUCGCAGAAGAACUCGGCAAGUUAUCUCAGGUGCUUCACGCGGUCACGGCGCUCCUUUAUCCCUUCACCUGGCAGCACACCUUCAUCUCCAUCGUUCCAGAGAUCCUGAUCGACGUGGUGAUGGCGCCCACCCCUUACCUGCUGGGAGUCCAGAAGUGCCUGCUGGACCAGGUCACCGAUCAGAGCGACCUGCUGGUGGUGGAUCUGUCUGCAGAUAAGAAGAAAACAUUUAUUGCGUCUAUCGGCGAUGAAGAAUCGAUUCUUCCCCCGAAACUCCAAACGGAGAUCCUGGAGGCUCUGCCUCGCCGGAAGGAUUUGUCGGUGGAAGAGCUGAACCACGUCGUGUCCGAAGCCUUCCUCCAGUUCUUUGUGAAGACGGUCGGCCAUUUUAAGUCCCACGUCAAACGUUCAGAUGGGCACGGCGUGUUUGAUGGGAGGAGCUUCUGCAAGGCCAUCGAGUCCAGGACGACCCGGCACUUUGUUAAGAAGUUCAUCCAGACGCAGAUGUUUGACCUGUUCAUCCAGGAGGUGGAGAAGCAGCAGCCGUCUGGACCACAGCAGGGAAUAUUUCACAGGAAGAUUCUUGAACAUCAGGAGAAGAGGGACCGGACGAGGAAACACUAGCUGACUGGCUCCGGGUGUAAAUAUGCGAUCAGAGAGGAGAUGAUGUGAAUAUUGUGUUCUAGUGACUCUGAAGCUUUAGUGUGAAUUACUGUGUGACUGUGCUGCUGCUACUCGGUGUCUGACACUGGUGUUCGAGAGACUUCUGGCUCAGGUAGCGGUUCUCCUCCUGUGGCUGGAGUCCAGAUGCUGAUAAACAGGAAAAUCGUUUCCUAUCAGGACUCACUUCCAACCGCCGAGCUCUGAUUUUAGACCUGCGCUGCUUCUGCAGAGAUUAGUUUGUGGGGUUUUUUCCACUCUUUGUGACUGACUUCACUGAUGAAUAAUAAAUAUUGGUUUAGAGAGCUUGACUCAGUGUGUAAAACUGGUGUUUGAACCCAGAUGUGUGACCCAAAUCCUCAUACAUCAGCUGUUCCCAGAAGCAAGAGUCGCCCUAAAGACCCUGAAAGGUGAAUUAACAUCCAUUCUGACUCAGAUCUGCCUGUACUUUAGAUAUAGUCACAUCCUCUAAAUGGUGAUCUGUUGGUGGUGCUCCAGUGCCCUCUGAUGGCUGGAAGAGGAAAUGUUGAAAUUAUUUAAAUAUGUAAAUUGUUUGGGGAAAAAAUCUAUUUCCUUUUAUUUGAUGAUAAAAACAAUGUUUUAUUAGAUGCAGAAAAAUGCAACUGGACGUGUCUAUUUCCUGAAGACAGUUUUUUAUCACUUCAAAAUAAGUGAUGGAGUCCUAGGUAAUUAAAACUUAAUUAAUGCAAGUUAGUCUGUUCUCUUUAAGAAGUAAAUGCUCUGUGGAAUAAUCACCUGAAGGGUUGUCUCUCCCGUGUUUGUGUGGAUGUUCGGUUACCCACUCAGCUCAGGUUUGGGUGCACCUGUUUCUGCCUGAGGGGGUUGUUGGGUCUGAGGAGGACCGGGAUGUUCUGUUUGGGAAAAAAAUCCCAGUUUUCAGAAUCCGGCCACUUCUGAAACGUCUCUGUUUUUACACAUGCAGUCAUUUUUGGACCAACGGGGGAUUAUCAGGCCUUGGAGGACUGAUAACCAGCAGGCAUGUGACUCGUUAAUGAUGUUAAACCCACUGAAAUGAAUCUGUUUGGCUGCUGGACUUUUUCCAACACAGCUGUAUUUUCUACAUGCCCACAGCGCCACCUGCUGGGUGUUUGUGAACGGUGUGAUGGAGAUUCCUCUGGAAGGCUGGUCUGUCUUUUAUGAUUAAACAAUAGUUCUCAUUAAAGUAAUAGAACAUAUUCGCCUCACGUGGUGGGACUCAGGAUGAUGUUUUUGUUAUAAUAAAGACAUCUGAACAUGA